CCCCCCGAGCUGGAGUCGCAGGGUUCUUGUCUCGAUUGCGGGGCAUUUCAUUUUCCCACCCCUCUUAUGAUCGCAUUUUUUUUUUCUUAUGUUAACACGUUGAUUUAAAUUUAAAUACCCCUCCUCCUCUCGCCUUUUCCUCCCUGCUUCUUUGUCUUUGCGUUCUUUCUUCUUCCCUGUCCAACUCGAACAAGCAAUUCCCUCCGCCAUGUCAACAACCCCGCAAGAGCUCGUUCCCCAGACGGAGAACAUCGCUGAGGUCUAUGCCACAGACGAUGCCUCAGUCACAUCCGUUGCUCCAGAGCACCAGGCGCGUUUUAACGGUCUGAUCUCUAAAUUCAACCAACUGUACAACCAUCGUCCCGACUUUGUCUCCCGCAGUCCUGGCCGUGUCAACAUCAUUGGCGAGCACAUUGACUACAACUUGUACGAUGUCCUUCCCACGGCUGUCAGUGUCGACGUCAUCAUGGCCGUGAAGGUUGUGCCCUCUAAUGGAGAGCCGUUCGUGAAGAUCGCCAACGUCCAGCCAGAGAAAUUCCCCUCUCGCGAAUUCACAGUACCCCGCGACACUGAUAUUGAGAUCGAUCCAAAGCAACACGAAUGGGUUAACUACUUCAGAGCUGGACUCUUGGGUGCCUUGAAAUUCUUGCGCAAAACCAAGCAAGAUGGCUCCUUUGUGCCUGCCAGCGUAGAAGUUCUUGUGGAUGGUAAUGUGCCCCCAGGCGGUGGAAUCUCCAGCAGCGCGGCUUUCGUGUGCUCGAGCGCGCUGGCCGUCAUGAAGGCGAACAACCACAAUGUCUCCAAGCAAGAUCUGCUCGACCUCGCUGUGGUCUCGGAGCGUGCAGUUGGUGUGUACUCUGGCGGUAUGGACCAAGCAGCCUCCAUCUUCUCCCGUCGCGGAUACCUGCUCUACACCCAGUUCUUCCCCAACUUCUCCGUUCAGCACGUCCCCAUCCCCAAGGCCGCCGAAGAGAUCACCUUCCUCAUGGCCCAGAGCUUCGUCACCUCCAACAAGGCCGAGACCGCACCCCGCCAUUACAACCUGCGCGUCGCAGAAUGCACCCUCGCCUCCGUGGUCCUGGCGGCUCAGCACGGCCUGACCCUCCCCAAAGACAACAGCUCGCUGGGCUACAGUCUCCGUAACUUCCACGAAGAGCUCAUGCGCAAGGAGGGCCGUCUAGGCGAUCCCCUCGAGUACCAGAUCGACUCCGUCAUUCAGACGACCAUGGAGCUCCUCACCCAGGAACAAGGCUACACCCGCGAGGAGAUCGCCAAGCUCCUCGGUAUCACGGUUGCAGAUCUCGAAGCCAAAUACCUCUCUUCCUUCCCCGUUCAGGCCGAGCGUUUCCUCUUGCGCCAGCGUGCUCUGCACUGCUUCACCGAGGCCCGCCGUGUGCUUGACUUCAAGGCUUGCCUCGCCAAGGCGUCUACUCUCGAUGAGCGUCGCAUCGAGUAUCUCGGACAGCUGCUGAACGAGUCUCAGGCUUCCUGCCGUACUCAGUAUGAGUGCAGCGCGCCCGAGGUCGAUGAUAUCUGUGCUAUUGCUCGUCGGGCGGGUACCUGGGGUAGUCGUCUUACGGGUGCUGGAUGGGGUGGUUGCACUGUGCAUAUGUUGCCGCAGUCUAAGGUCGAUGCUGUUAUCAAGGCUUUGAAGGACGAGUACUACCUGAAGAACUUCCCCGAUAUCAGUGAGGAGAAGCUGGCCCAGGCUAUGGUUAUUAGCAAGCCUUCUAACGGUUCCUUUGUGGUUACUGGAGAGGCCAUUGCUCAAGUCAAUGUUUAAAAUAAAACUCAAGGGGAAAUAAUCAAGAAUAAAAAAAAAAGGAAAAGGAAACAGGAUGGAUGAAUUUGAAUUUUGAAUUAAUAUUGUACAUAGUCUUCAAUCCAUCACUGGAAUAGUAUUGGCGCUAGCGUCAGAUAUGCGGACAUUUCCAGCAGGCCUAAGGGCAUGUCGUCGAAUGUCUUGAGAAGUCUAUCCUUUCUCCAGUCGUAGAGCUUCUUAUUUCUCGUGAUUAUUAUCUUCGCUGAGGCGCUUGCA